ACCAUCAAAGUGAAGAUGCAGACAUUCCCCAACAUGUACAAAGGCCUCGCCGACUGCUUCCUAAGGACCUAUAACCAAGUGGGCUUCCAGGGUUUAUACAGGGGAACCAGUCCUGCACUGCUAGCCUACGUUGCCCAGAGCUCUGUCCUAUUCAUGUGCUACGGCUUCUGCCAACAGUUUGUCAGGAAAGUGGCCGGAGUGGAUCAGAGCGCAGAGCUGGACGACUUUCAGACUGCCACGGCUGGGUCACUGGCCUCCGCCUUCGCGGCGCUGGCCCUCUGCCCCACUGAACUUGUGAAGUGCCGGCUCCAGACCAUGUAUGAGAUGAAGAUGUCAGGGAAGACAGCACAAAGCUAUAGCACAAUUUGGUCUAUGGUUAAGAGUAUCUUCAUGAAGGAUGGUCUCUUAGGCUUCUAUCAUGGGCUUCCCACCACUCUGUUUCAGGAAGUACCUGGCUAUUUCUUCUACUUUGGGGGCUAUGAACUCGGUCGAUCAUUUUUUGCUGCGGGAAGACCAAAGGAUGAACUAGGCCCUGUCCCUUUGAUGUUAAGUGGAGGCUUUGCCGGGAUCUGCCUCUGGCUUAUCAUAUUCCCAGUGGACUGUAUUAAAUCCAGAAUCCAGGUUCUUUCUAUGUCUGGGCAGCGAGUAGGAUUAAUCAAAACCUUUCUAAGUGUCGUGAGAAAUGAAGGAAUCUUAGCCUUGUAUUCUGGAAUGAAAGCCACUCUUAUCCGAGCUAUCCCUUCCAAUGCUGCGCUGUUUCUGGUGUAUGAAUACAGCAGGAAGAUGAUGAUGGACAUUGCAGAAAAAUACUGA